GAGCACCCACCGCCUUUCCACACCUCAUUAUUUAUUCUCUCUACUUUCUCCCUCUCCCUCACACACUUCAAUGGAAACCCUCCUCUUCCUAACCUUCUUCUCCUUCGCUCUCUCUUUCUCUCUCUCCACCGCUACAUUCCCCUUCCAAACCCAAACAUUGCCCCUUCACUCUCUCCCUCACGCACCAACCCUCUCAUGGCCCCAGUCCGAACCACUCUCAGAACCCGACCCAACGGAAGCCGAACCCGAAGCUAUCUCGCUUCACCUGCACCACAUAGAUACUCUCUCAUACAACACAACCCCAGAGCAGCUCUUCAACUUGAGACUCCAACGAGACGCAGCAAGAGUAGAAGCCCUCACACUCGCAGCUCUCAACCAGACACACGCGCGCAGAUCCGGCUCCAGUUUCAGCAGCUCCAUUAUAUCAGGUCUAGCUCAGGGUAGCGGCGAGUACUUCACGCGCAUAGGGGUAGGCACGCCCGCCAAGUAUGUCUACAUGGUGCUCGACACCGGAAGUGACGUCGUUUGGCUCCAAUGCGCGCCGUGCCGAAAAUGCUACUCCCAGACCGACCCUGUUUUUGACCCCACGAAAUCCAGAACCUACGCCGGAAUCCCCUGUGGGGCACCGCUCUGCCGUAGAUUGGACUCUCCCGGCUGCAACAAGAAGAAGGUUUGCCAGUACCAGGUUUCUUACGGAGACGGUUCCUUCACGUUUGGUGAUUUCUCCACCGAAACCCUGACGUUUCGAAGGAGCAGAGUGGCGCGCGUCGCACUAGGCUGUGGCCACGACAACGAAGGCCUCUUCAUUGGGGCUGCCGGUCUGUUGGGCCUGGGCCGCGGGAGAUUAUCGUUUCCGGUCCAAACCGGGCGCCGGUUCAACCAGAAAUUCUCUUAUUGUCUCGUCGACCGAUCAGCUUCGGCCAAACCUUCUUCCGUUGUUUUCGGCGAAUCCGCCGUUUCCCGAACCGCCCGGUUCACUCCGCUCCUCAGAAACCCUAAGCUCGACACCUUCUACUACGUUGAACUUCUCGGGAUCAGUGUCGGCGGUGCGCCGGUUCGCGGCCUCUCUGCCUCUCUCUUUCGCCUCGACCCCGCCGGGAACGGUGGCGUCAUCAUUGACUCGGGUACGUCUGUGACCCGACUCACCCGCCCCGCAUACAUUGCACUGAGAGACGCUUUUCGCGUCGGGGCCUCGCAUCUGAAGCAAGCGCCGGAGUUCUCGCUGUUUGACACGUGCUUCGAUUUGUCGGGGCUGACGGAGGUCAAGGUGCCGACGGUGGUGCUGCAUUUCCGGGGUGCGGACGUGUCGCUGCCGGCGACGAACUACUUGAUUCCGGUGGAUAGCAGUGGGAGCUUCUGCUUCGCUUUCGCCGGAACUAUGAGCGGGUUGUCCAUAAUUGGGAACAUCCAGCAACAAGGGUUCCGGGUGGUGUACGACUUGGCGGGUUCUCGGGUCGGAUUUGCCCCUAGAGGGUGCGUUUGAAUCUCGGGGAACAACUCUUUCCCUUGUUUUCCAAUUAUUAAUUAUUAUUGGCAUCUUUUUUAUUAUUAUUUAAAAGCUUUUUAAGAAAAGGCUAGAUUAGAGGUGGAAGAUGAAAUAUUAAUGUAUCUUUCUUUGUAGAUCUGAAGGAGGAACAAAAUGAGAAUGUUCCUAGUUUCUACCCUUCAGGUGUCGUUUGUUGUGUUCCUUAUUUCCACAUUAAAUACUACAACUACUCCAAUCCAAUCCAACUCGAUUAAU